AUGGAAUACAGCGAUGCUGAUCCAUCGUUUCGCGCUCGAUUUGUCGAGCCGAAAUUUGAUCCCAAUUUAUUCAUUCAAUCGAUUGCAUCGCAAUCGAUUGGAAGUGAAGGAUUAGUUAAUAUGAAACGACGAAUGUAUUUAAUCUCAAGUGAAGCAAAAACCGACUUGAAAUACAAUGCCUUUCGGAAUCACACAAAAUUCAUUGAAACAGCAAAGCAAGUGGCUGCAUUGGAAUCCGAAGUUUAUCAAUUACAAUCCUUGUUAGCCGAUGAAAAACAACUAUUAAGUACAGUGAAAGAAUCACUGACUAUCGAAGCGAAGUCGGAUUCGUCUGCAACAUUGGAAACGGAUGCAUGUCAAUCACUUCUUCGUCAUUGUCAAAGUUUAGAUCUUGUUUCUGCUAAUCCAGAUCGUCGUCUGAUUUAUUCUGGUAAACUACUUGAAGUUAAACUCGAUCCGUCUACGAAAGUACCAUCAUCGUCACAUACAACACAACCCUGCUACGGUCUUCUUUGCACAGAUUGUUUCGUCAUUGCUAAAUCAUCGAAUAUUCGUACAGCAACCGCCUACGAUGUUGACCAAGUAAUAAAACUUCAACGAAAUUCCUUAAACACAAGCGAUAACGAUGCUCACAAACAAUAUUCAUCGUCAUCAGUUCGAAUUAUUAACGUUAAAGAUGAUGUUCUUCGCAAUGCAUUUACAAUUCAAUACAACACGGAUACGAUAACCAUGAUGUGCGAAAGUGCUCAAAUCAAGAAGAAUUGGAUCGAACUAUUUGAGAGUUUAUUUUACACACGCAUGCGCCGACUGUCUCGCAUUGCUUCAUUUCAAACUGAACAGGAACAAGUUUUUCAAGAGGAAUUCUUUGCUGAAGAUUGGAUAACGACUACUGAAGAGAAUUUGACCAUACUCUUAGCGGAACGGAAUCUUCAGCAAGCUUUGAAACUCAUUCUCCAAGCGAGAAAAUACGCCAAAGACUUUCUCUCGCAGCAUAAACAACAAUCACUACCAUUCGUGGAUGAUUACAUAAAAAAUAUUCAAGAAAAGGAACAAGACUUGCGUCGAAUCGUGGAGAAAGAAAUUCUUUCCAUGUGCGAACAUGGUUGUUCAACAAAUUUGCUAAAACACUAUUACCAACGAAUAGAAAUUUUGAAACAACUAGGAUAUGUUCCCAAGGCUUGUGAUCUGUUCUUCACAAUUCAAUUCUCGUUGAUGAAAAACACGUUAAAACAAACGAAAAUCGAAGAACUAAACGUUGUUUUCGUUGAAAACUUCGCCAAUACAUUUUUUACGCGUUUAGUCGACAGUUACUAUGAAUUCGUUCAAAUAUUCAAAGAUCAACGUUCGACAUUUACGAAGUUCAUCGUCUGGAUGUCGAAUGAAAUCGAAAAACUGAUCACCAUCCUUCACAAUCAGCAAUACAUCGGCACGAAGAACUUCACGUUUUCUAUGCGAAACAUCGAUAUUUUAUUCACGAAGGCCGAGGAAUUUUCAGUGAAAUUAAUCGACGUAAAGUUCAUUCUCGAAGAACAACUCGAACAAAUCUUGACACAAAUCAUUCGCUCGCAGAAAGAAUUUAUCAUUGACAGUUUAAGGCAACGACAUCGCGAUGAAAAAUGGAUACCAGUGACAUUCCAAACUCACGAUCGAUUAAAUCAAUUAUUCUACGAAUUUCACGAACUAGGAAUCGAAGGGAACACACUUCUCGAGCCUUUCAUUAUCGAGGAACAAACAAGUGAUGUUUUACAGAUUGAUUUAGCACCGAGCACACUACAAUUUACUAAAGCGUACUUAACAUUCGCACGUGAUUUAUUCAAAGUUUAUUAUACGUCGAUAAAUUAUGCUAUUGUCGAAGCAUUGGUCGAAUUGAUCAAACUUCAUUUGAAAUACUACGAACGAACUUUGAAGAAAACCAAUGAUAUGAAUUUGAAAAAGUUCAUCAUGAAAAAUGUUGAAUUUUCCUUGAAUUAUCUCUUUCGUUAUGUAGAAGAACUCUACACGCCGAAAAUCGGCAUUGCAACCAAACAUUUAACGAAGGUCUACGGCAAACUUAAUAAACUACGAAACCUUGCGGAAGCCUAA